CACCUCACUUCACGUGACGCUCAGCUCCCUUCACUCUCCACGAGACCAUUUUCCCUCUUUGGCUGUCCCACUCACUCACUCUGCCGCAGCCACUCCAAGAACCUAGCCUUCGCAAAUCUCAAGUCUGUGGCUGUGGGCUGUGGCUGUGGCUCAGAUUCAGAUCUCUCCCAGUCCCCACCCCAUUGAUGACUUCUACAACCACACUCCCUCAUAACACUCAUCCUCCUCCAUGCCUCCACCGCCGCAUUCCACCACACUCGCCUUCUUCGUUCUGAUACUGUACCCGCUGUUUACAGCUUCAGCAGCAGCCGUUCAGAGAUGCUCUUCAGAGCCAGAGACCUUCAGAUCUCCAUGCCCACCGUUCACUUCUACGCCUUCCUUCCCCUUCUCAUCCUCACCCGGCUGCGGCCACCCUUCCUUUCAAAUCAAAUGCUCUACUCCGCACUCUAUCAUCUCCAUCAACGACCUCUCUUUCUCUCUCGUCCGCUUCGACCCCAACUCCUCCACUCUCACCCUCUCCCCGCAUCCGUUUAACACAACCGCAACAACUGGCAACUGUUCCUCCCCUCAAUUCGCCUCCAUUCCUAGUCGAUCUAUCAACCUCUCAGGCUCAGCGUUCCGAGUCUCCGACGCUUCUUGUUCUCGCCUCUCUAUUCUCCGACCCUGUUCCCCGCCGACUCUCCCAAACUGCAGCCAUUGCGCUUGGGAAUGCAAGCUCAUCAAGAACCCAGUUCAGCUGCUCCAUGGCUGUGGUGGCUCCACGCAGCAUAACAUCUCAGAGCAGGGCUGCCAACGCGACGUUUUGGGGUUCCUCGACAACUUUCUGAUCAGUUUCGGUUUUCAAGUUGAGUGGGACGAAGCUCAAGACGCUUACUUUUCGAGCUGCAAAGCUUGCAAGGCUAAGAAUGGAGUCUGUGGCUUCAAUUCCUCCGACCCAAAAAAGCAAUUCAUAUGCUUUCACUCCCAGACCCGCUACUUCCCUCCAUGGAUUCAUUUAGGCAGCCCAAAACGACUUGGCAUUUUGUGCUUAGCAUUGGCGUUGACGUGUUUUCUCCUGGUUGCUGCAGUGAUUCUCCGGUCUAGGCAGUUGAAACCGUCAGCUAUAGAGGAAGACCCAAACACUCUUUUCCUCCACCGCCAUCGCUCGGCUAGUCUCCUCCCACCAGUCUUCACCUACGAAGAGCUCGAGUUGUCCACCAACCGAUUUGAUCAGAAGCGCAAAAUUGGCGAUGGUGGGUUCGGGUCAGUGUACCUGGGUCAGCUCUACGACGGCCGAAUCGUCGCCAUCAAGUACCUCCACAAGCACCACCGCCACGCUGCCGCCGGCGGAGCCUUCUCCACCAAGUCCUUUUGCAACGAAAUCUUGAUCCUGUCCUCCAUUGAUCACCCAAAUCUCGUGAAGCUCCACGGCUACUGCAGCGACCCGAGAGGGCUUCUUUUGGUUUACGACUACGUCCCUAAUGGUACACUCGCGGACCACCUUCACGGCCCAAAGAGCUUGCACGGGAAAGGGUCUUUGACUUGGCAAGUGAGACUCGACAUAGCUCUCCAAACCGCGAUGGCUAUGGAGUACUUGCACUUCUCUGUUGUCCCGCCGAUAGUUCACAGAGACAUCACUUCGUCCAAUAUUUUCGUGGAAAAAGAUAUGAGAAUCAAAGUCGGGGACUUUGGGUUGUCCCGGCUGCUCGUUUUCUCCGAAACGUCGUCGUCUAACUCUUCUUCAUCUGGGUGUGUCUGGACCGGGCCUCAGGGCACACCCGGGUACUUGGACCCGGACUAUCACCGGUCGUUCCGGUUGACGGAGAAGAGCGACGUGUACAGCUUGGGGGUGGUGUUGUUGGAGCUGAUAACUGGGUCGAAGGCAGUGGAUCAGAGUCGGGACAAGAGAGAGAUGGCCCUGGCUGAUCUGGUGGUUUCCAAGAUCCACAUGGGCCUGCUCCACCAGGUGCUCGACCCGGUCCUGGCGCUCGAUGCAGAGGCCAUGGACGGCGUUCUUGCGGUGGCCGAGAUGGCGUUUCGGUGCGUGGCGGCCGACAAGGACGACCGUCCCGAUGCCAGGGAGGUAGUCGAGGAUCUCAAGGGGAUUCGGAGCCGUACACGUGGGGUCAUCCGAGCGUCGAACUCGAAUGCCGGUGAUGACGUGUCAAAGGCUUGAGGGUUGAUUUGAUAUGAUGUGACAGUGGGCGACGUGGGGUUCAGUUGCACAUGUGUGGGUUUGACUGCAUAGGAUUACUUUUGUCAGAGGCCUUUCUUUUCUUUUAUGGAAGGUUUGUUUGUUUGUUUGUAUUUUUUUUUUUUUUUCUUCAAAAAAAAGAAUGUGAAUAGAUGUGUCGGCUUCUCAGUCUCUCCUCUAA